CCUGAUAACAUCUGCUGCUUCCUGUGAUAUGAAGUAGAACCAGAAUGCUGCCAAAUUAAGCAGUGAGAGAAAUGUAAAGGAGACAUGCAAAUCUGAAAGAAGCUGAGAAGAGGAAGAGACAAACAGUUUGGAACUUGUCACAGUGUAAUAAUGGCCUUUAUUGAAAAGGGUCAAAAGAAGACCUACAUUUCAACUUUCAGGUUUGACCUGAAGCCUUCAGCAGCGUUGCAGACUCCACUGGAUGUGCCGAGAACAGAGAAGGGAACCAAACUGACGAACAAAGAGGAGAGCUGUCUGAAAUCAGAAACUGCUGACACAAGGCAAAAAUCUCCUAAGAAGUCCUUGGACACAGAAAAGCAGAGACAAGAUGUCACACUCAAUAACACAGCCAGCAAUAAUUCAGGUGCAGUUGUUGAGUUUUUGGAUCCCCAGCAGCAGGUUGUGGUUGGUGUUGGAGGAACUGCUCGACUGGACUGUCGUUUCAGCAGCUCUGGGCCUGUGGCUUCCUGCUGGAUUCAUGACAGUGAAAAGGUUGUGUUAGAAGGGCCGCGAGUGUGUGUGACGAACACCAACAGCAGCAGCACCCUGGUUCUCUCUGAAGUUGUUCCUGCAGAUGCCGGAAGUUAUUCUCUUUUCGUUCGUAACCGAGGAGGCACAGCUCACUGGACCACAAGCCUCAGUGUCAUUGAUCCUCCAGAACCUCCAGCCUCGUGUCCGUUCGUAUCCCAGCUGACCUGCACCUCUCUGGUUCUGUCCUGGUCCGGCCCGUGUUUUGACGGCGGUUCAGCCAUCACAGGCUACGUGGUGGAGUUUCAAAGGCUGGACCAAACCGAACCCAGCGACUGGACUGAACUCACAAACCAGUGUCAGAACACCUCGUAUCGGGUCCGCUCUGGUCUCGACCCGCAGGGACAGUAUCGCUUCAGAGUACGAGCUUGUAACGCAGCAGGAGUCAGUGAUCCCAGUGAGGAGUCGGACUGCAUUAAAAUGAACACUGCAGGUGAGCCACAACAGGAAGUGACCUCAUAUGUGGAGGUUGUGCCUGACACCACACAUAAAGCCAGAGAUCACUAUCACGUCCAUGAAAAACUAGGAAUGGGGAAGUUUGGGGAGGUGUACAGGAUGACCCAUAAGCAGACAGGUCGGGUGUACGCUGGGAAAUUCUACCGAGCCCGCGUCUCCAGAGAAAAAACAGCAGCGCGUCAAGAAAUCAAAUUGAUGAACGAACUACACCAUCCGAAGCUGGUCCAGUGUCUCGCAGCCUACGACACUUCAUCUGAGAUAGUCAUGAUUCUCGAGUAUAUUGCAGGUGGUGAGUUGUUUGAGCGGAUUGUAGAUGAGAAUUUCGAUCACACUGAACCCAACAGUGUGAACUACAUGCGUCAGAUCCUGGAAGGAAUCCAGUAUAUCCAUAGCAAACACAUCAUUCACCUCGACCUGAAGCCGGAGAACAUCGUCUGUGUGAACGGCGCUGGGACCCUCAUCAAGAUCAUCGAUUUCGGAUUGGCCUGCAAACUGGAGCCUGGAAAACGUCUGAUGGUCUUACAUGGCACUCCGGAGUUUGCAGCCCCAGAGGUUGUAAAUUACGAACCUGUUGAUCUGGCCACUGACAUGUGGAGCAUCGGCGUCAUCUGCUAUAUCCUCCUGAGUGGUGAGUCUCCAUUCCAGGGCAACAGCGAUGCCGAAACCUUAGCUUUGGUUACUGGAGCACAAUGGGAGUUCGACCCUGAGAGUUUCGAUGACAUCACGGAUGAGGCCAAAGAUUUCAUCAGCGGCCUGCUAAGGAAGGACAAGAGAACAAGACUAUCCUGUGAGAAAGCGUUAGCUCAUCCCUGGAUAGCCUUAUUUGACGACUCAAACUCCAAAUCAACCAAAUCCCUUAAUAAAGACAAGAUGAGAAGGUUCCUGGCCCGACGGAAAUGGAAGAAAACUGGCAAAGCCCUGCUCGCGCUGAAAAGGAUGGUUCGCUGCAGCAAGUCUGAUGCACCGCAUUCUCCUUUCAUUUCUGUAGAUGCAAAUGCUCUGGGGAAAGAGGCCGAACAAGCGGUGGCGUCUCUGGAAAAGCAGUUGCGGAGUGAACCACGUUUCCAUCAAGCCCUGCAUGACCUCACUGAGAGCUGCGGAGCCACGGUGCACCUGGCCUGUACAAUACAAGGAUAUCCUGACCCUGAAGUAGUUUGGCUGUUUGAUGAAGCGCCGCUGGAGAAGACCGGACGUGUUCAGAUGAAUUAUAAAGACGGCACUUGCACGCUCACCCUCGCUCAAGUACAACCAGGGGAUUCUGGGAUCUACAAAUGCUGUGCGUCCAACAGCCUGGGACAGGCAUUGUGUUCUGCCAAACUCACCGUGCAACUCUAGAACAUCAUCAAAUCUACAAUGUUGAGAUUGAAGAAAAAGGGAGAUUUCUAAAGUGAAACGGAGCAAAAAGUGCUUUCAGACAAUUCACGUUUGAUGUCACUAGAAUCUGUUGUAAUUCACAAUUUCUGAAUUGUUCCAUUGUUGAUUUUAAGGCACUAUUUGAUCCACAAUCAUAAUGUUAGUUUCAAGUUCAGUUUCUAUAAUUUCCCUAGUGUGAAAAGUUGUAGGCAUUACGUUUCAGCAUUGUGUUUUUCUACAGAACUCUGGCAUGGUUUGAAUUCUGCUUAAUUUAAGACAAAAGACAUUUUAACAAGUUUCAUUUGUUGUACAUGCAUGUGUGUAUAUAUGAAGAAUAAAUGUAUUAAAGUUUUAUGAAAUUAA